GAGGGGGAGAUGGUGUCGGAGCUGGCGGCUGCCCGGGUGCCCGGGGCGGGCCUGGGCCUGAGCCUGGGCCUGGGCCUGAGCGAGAACACCCGGCUGGCCACCCGGUACGCGGUGAAGAUUUUCCGGGAGUACCUGAGCGAGAAGGAGCAGCCGGCCGACUUCGAGCUGCUGGGCAAGGAGGAGCUGUGCCGGGCGCUGCGCUCCUUCUACGCCGAGGCCCGCUCCAAGAGCGGCCAGGUGUACAGCAAGUCCUCCCUGAUCAGCAUCCGCUCAUCCCUGAACCGCUACCUGAAUGAACCUCCUUACAGCCGCACCCUGGACCUCAGCAAGGACCCGGAGCUGAGGAGCGCCAACCUCACACUCGCCUCCGUCAUCAGGAAACUCGAGGAGCGGGGAGCGGGGCCCGUCAUCCAGAAACAGGCCAUCGGCAGGUCCGAUCUGAGGAAACUCUACACAUCCAGCGCCUUCGAUACCAACACCCCGUUUGGGUUGCUCAAUAAAGUCUGGUUCGAGAUCUGCAUGUACUUCUGCACAAGGGGGAGGGAGAAUCAGAGAGAAUUGGAGGAGGAUUCCUUUGGCUUGGCCACUGAUGAGGAUGGGCGAAGAUUUGUCUAUUACAAAGCUUGUGGACCAUACCAUAAAUCUCGCUCCAUAACCUGGAGCAAGAAGAGAAUGGUGAACGAUGAGGAGAACUUCCCUAGGAUGUAUGAAACGGGCACAGAGUUCUGUCCUUACGCGAGUUUUGUCAAGUAUGUUUCGAAACGUAACCCCCUCUGUAAGGCUUUCUUUCAAAGACCCAGAGAUCAUUGCAGUGAAGUUGACGUGACUUGGUAUGAGAACAAAGCUAUCGGCAAGAACUUGUUGGGCACUCGUAUGCAGAUGCUGUCCAAGGCUGCCAAGCUCUCUAAGAUGUACACCAAUCACUGCAUAGGGGCAGUCUCCAUAGCCACACUCAGCAGCAUUGCAGGUAUUGGCAGCAGGCUGGUUCCUCACCGAUCUCCCCAGGAUGUUAACGGGCUCCGCCAGCAGCAAUCACGCCCGUACGCACUGCAACACCAUGACAAAGAGAUUGUGGGGGUGAAAGUGGAGCAAGUCGUCAACUCCAGUUUUUGUGAACCUUUGCACCCGGAUGAAACGGUUCCUCCAUCAUCAAAAAGACUCUGUGUUCGCUCCUCUAAUCCUGUAGGUUCCCAGACUGUGAUUCUGCAUAGAACCGAUUUUCAGGAAUCCUUGGUUCAGGAAUCUGCUGAUCAACUUGAGACCACCCCAUCAAUAACCAUUCCAACAAACCAGGACAGCUGGCACAACAUGUCAAGACCCUUGCUGACCAGGUCUCCUGUAUCUCCGCUGACUAAUCAGGGAAUCCCAACACCAGCACAGCUCACUAAAUCCAAUGCCCCAGUGCACAUUGAUGUGGGAGGUCACAUGUACACCAGUAGCUUGGCAACGCUAACUAAGUUUUCUGACUCAAGAAUUGGUCGUCUCUUUGAGGGAACUGAGCCCAUUGUCCUGGACAGCCUGAAGCAACAUUACUUCAUUGACAGAGACGGUCAGAUGUUUCGUUACAUUUUAAACUUUCUGCGCACUUCAAAACUCCUUAUUCCUGAUGAUUUCAAAGAUUACAGCUUGUUAUUCGAAGAGGCCAAGUAUUUCCAGUUGCAGCCCAUGCUGAUCGAACUGGAGCGCUGGAAACAGGAGAGGGAGCUGGGCCGGGUCUCGAGGCCGUGCGAGUGUCUGGUGGUGCGGGUGGCCCCUGACCUAGGGGAGCGGAUCACUCUGAGCGGAGACAAGGCCCUGAUCGAAGAGGUGUUCCCGGAAAUUGGGGAUGUGAUGUGUAACUCAAUCAAUGCUGGCUGGAAUCAUGACUCAACACACGUCAUCCGAUUCCCCCUCAAUGGCUACUGCCACCUCAACUCUGUUCAGGUCCUGGAACGAUUACAGCUGAAGGGAUUUGAAAUUGUUGGAUCCAGUGGCGGUGGAGUUGACUCCUCCCAGUUUAGUGAAUACGUACUAAGGCGGGAAAUCAAGCGACUAUCCCGUGUACCACCUGUCAUUCGAAUAAAACAGGAACCCCUGGACUGAACUGACAUACUUGCGAGAGAGAGAGAGAGAGAGAGAGCAAAAAUUCAACAAAAAAAUUUUAAAAAAUAAAUACAUUUUAAAAAAACA